AUGUUGGCAGAGGGGUCGGUUCCCCAGACCUGGUUCUGGGUCCUAUCCCUCGGCACCGUUUUCUCUCAGACUCUCCGCCGCGCUGCGGCCCAGAACGCCGCCGCCUACCGCUCUCCCUUCGCCCCCAAGUACCACACUCCUCUCCACUGGCAGGGCCUGACCCCCAGCGAGGCUACCAAGUACGCCCAGGUUGCCGGCACUUUCGGCGUCGCCGCUGGUACCUUCGCCCUCUUCUUCUUCGGUGAAGUCCCCCGUGUUCGCCGUGACAUCCUCCAGAAGGUCCCCUUCCUCGAUGAGUACUUUGACCGCACCAUCGCCCCUGAGGACAACCCCUUCUAA